UCCAUUCUGCUUUCAUUUAUUUUUCAUUUCUAGCUAAAAUCCUUCGAGUUCUUUGAAAUGACUUUGGAAACUAAAGUUCAGCAAAAAGAACAUGACUCAAACAACACUAACAUAUCUGCUCAAUCCCCCACUAUUCCUCUUCUCACACCAUACAAGAUGGGGAAGUUCAACCUUUCUCAUAGAAUUGUUCUACCUCCACUAGCCAGGCAGAGAUCUUACAACAAUGUUCCUCAGCCACAUGCCAUCUUGUAUUACUCUCAGAGAACCACCAAAGGGGGUCUUCUUAUAGCUGAAGCAACGGGAAUUUCUGACACUGCUCAAGGGCUUAACUUUACUCCUGGUAUUUGGACCAAAGAACAAGUUGAGGCGUGGAAACCUAUUGUAGAUGCUGUUCAUGCCAAAGGCGGUAUAUUCUUUUGUCAAAUUAUACAUGUUGGAAGAGCUUCAAAUUCAGGUUUUCAGCCCAAUGGGCAAGCUCCAAUCUCUUCUACUGACAAGCCUUUGACCCCACAAAUUCGAUGUGAUGACACUGAUGUUGUCCAGUUCACGCCUCCAAGGCGACUAAGAACAGAUGAAAUUCCACAAGUCGUGAAUGAUUUUAGAAUUGCAGCAAGGAAUGCUAUGGAAGCUGGUUUUGAUGGAGUUGAGAUUCAUGGGGCUCAUGGUUACCUAAUUGAUCAGUUUAUGAAAGAUCAGGUGAAUGAUCGUGCAGAUCAAUACGGUGGAUCUCUGGAGAACCGCUGCCGUUUCGCUUUGGAAAUAGUUGAAGCUGUAGCUAACGAGAUAGGAGCAGACAAAGUUGGAAUCAGAUUAUCUCCAUUUGCAAACUAUAUGGAAUCUGGAGACUCAAAUCCUAAUGCUUUGGGACUUUACAUGGCCAAAUCCCUGAAUAAAUAUGGAAUUCUUUAUUGUCACAUGGUUGAGCCAAGAAUGAAAACACUCGGAGAGAAGUCUGAAUGUCCAGACAGUCUUCUGCCCAUGAGAAAGGCUUUCAAGGGGACUUUUCUUGUUGCUGGUGGCUAUGGCAGGGAAGAUGGAAAUCAAGCUAUAGCAGAAAACCGUGCUGAUCUUGUUGCUUAUGGUCGUCUUUUCCUAGCCAAUCCUGAUUUGCCAAGGAGAUUUGAGCUUAAUGCUCCUCUCAACAAGUACAACAGAGAAACAUUCUAUACACCUGAUCCUGUGAUUGGUUAUACUGAUUAUCCAUUUCUUGAAGAUUAAGUUUCUGGCAGGAGCAUUGCUGUUUAUAUUGUCCAAUCCUUGCUCUUGUAUCAAAAAAAUUCUUCUUUCUGAUAGAUGAUGGAAGGAUAUACCUCAGGGACAAAUAAAUUCCUCUUUAACGUAUCUUGUUUUUGCAUACACACAUGUACAUAUAUUUUCUCAUGCACUGAGUGGUUUAAUAAAUUGAUAAGGGAUGGAUGUAACAGACCUUUUGCAUAUUAUAAUAAUAAUAAUUUUGUUCAA